AGAGUGAGCUGCUACAUGGGUUUCGUCAGCUCCAGACUGAGGGGCUCGGGGCCCGCUUCCGAAGCUCAUUCGCCCUCUGCAUCAGUUAAGGCUGAAGCUCACUCAUUCUCGGUAAUAAGUGAGGCCCAUUCAAUUCCUGCAACAUCUACAGACGCCCAUUUGACAUCUGCAACAUCCAGAGAAGUCCCCUCGCAACACCUCGCCACUACUACUACCAACACCACCACCACCAUGUCCAAGAUUGGUAUUAACGGAUUCGGCCGCAUCGGUCGUCUUGUCCUUCGUGCUGCUCUCAACAGCGGCGCAGAGGUUGUGGCAGUGAAUGACCCCUUCAUUGCUCUGGACUACAUGGUGUACAUGUUCAAGUAUGACUCUACCCAUGGCAUGUUCAAGGGCGAGGUGAAGAUAGAGGAUGGAGCUCUGGUGGUCGAUGGGAAAAAGAUUACAGUCUUUAACGAAAUGAAGCCAGAAAACAUUCCAUGGAGCAAGGCUGGUGCUGAAUAUAUUGUAGAGUCCACUGGAGUCUUCACCACCAUCGAGAAGGCCUCUGCUCACUUCAAAGGAGGCGCUAAGAAAGUUGUCAUCUCUGCCCCCUCUGCUGAUGCCCCCAUGUUUGUAUGCGGAGUCAACCUCGAAAAGUAUUCAAAGGACAUGACCGUAGUUUCCAAUGCCUCCUGCACCACCAACUGCCUUGCCCCUGUCGCAAAGGUCCUGCACGAGAACUUUGAGAUUGUCGAGGGAUUGAUGACAACUGUUCAUGCCGUCACUGCCACACAGAAGACUGUUGAUGGCCCCUCUGCCAAGGACUGGCGUGGUGGCCGUGGUGCUGCCCAGAACAUCAUCCCAUCAUCCACUGGUGCGGCUAAGGCUGUUGGCAAGGUCAUCCCUGAACUGAAUGGAAAGCUUACUGGCAUGGCUUUCCGUGUGCCCACCCCAGAUGUGUCUGUGGUUGAUUUGACAGUCCGUCUUGGAAAGGAAUGCUCUUAUGACGACAUUAAGGCAGCCAUGAAGACUGCAUCCGAGGGUCCUCUCCAGGGCUUCUUGGGUUACACAGAGGAUGACGUUGUGUCUUCCGACUUCAUUGGUGACAAUCGGUCUUCCAUCUUUGACGCCAAGGCUGGUAUUCAGCUGAGCAAGACCUUCGUCAAAGUUGUCUCUUGGUAUGACAAUGAAUUUGGCUAUUCCCAGCGUGUUAUCGACCUUCUCAAGCACAUGCAGAAGGUGGAUAGUGCCUAAGACAAAAUAUUCCAGCAGUGAGGGUAUGUAGGAUGCCAAUGGGCUUACAGGGGGUUGGUUAAUUUGAAGAGGAAAUUAGUGACUGGAAACUCGGGAUUGCAGCCAGUCACCUGUUAUAUGCUUUAUUCUACAGGAUUUUAUAUUUUUGCAUGACUGGCACUUUUCCAGAAUCUGUUUCCUGUUUCAAAUUUCUUUGCCAAAUCUCUGCCUAGACUGAACCGAGACUUGUUUAUCUAUUCUGAAAGACGUAGGUGUAUUCAUCAUGCUGUCAUGUAUGUAUGGCAUUGACUGUUAGGACUGGCUGAUGUCGCCCCUACGUCCAAGACGCACUUUUACAUGUGCGUCUUGUCUGUCUUAUGUCUGCGGUCCUAGUGAUUUUGUCUUGUUUCUUUGUCUCACUUUAAAGGAUCAAUAUUAUGUAGGCUGUGACCAACUGGAUAUUGGCCAAUAAAAGACUUUAUUUCA